UCACUGGUUGUCUUCACAGUUUUCUUCAGUUUUCUUCUCAGUCAGCGUUGAAGGUUGUGAUGGUGGCUGUGUCUCAGACAUUCGGAGUUCUUCUGCUUCUCACCAGCGUCUUCGCUCAAGCAGACGCCAUGAAAAUGUAUGAGCCCGGUUUAUGUUUCAUCCUGGAUGGUUUUCUGGGUCUGUACGGCCUCUUCAUUACCGGCUUGCUCAUAAAAGAGAAGUUUUUCAAAAGUAAGACGAUGUCAGUGGAGGAAGGUCUUUAUCAUGACCCGAGGGGUCAGAGUGAUGGAGGGUACGACCAGCUGCGGCAGCAAGAGAGAGGACGAAAUCGCUUGGCUAAUAACGACGAAACGUACACGGGCCUGACCAGACGUACAGAGGGUGAAUAUAAGGAACUUCCGAUCAAGCGGGAGCGUCAGAGGAAAAAGGAAACCGUUUAUCAGGAUCUCAAGUCGGCCUCCAGAGACACCUAUGACAUUCUGCACAUGCAGCCACCUUCAGGUCGUUAGCACUGCCUCUGUGGGGUCACUUGCACAUUUUUUUUGUUUUUUUGUUUUUUUUUUGUUUGACAAAAUAUUUUUGGUUCAUCAUAGAUAAGAUUUUUUUGUUUUUUCUAUUGUUUGUGCUUGAGUUUUCAAAAUAAUUUUUUUAGAGAGUGUUUUCUCAUAAAGAUGAACAAUUCUUUAUUGAUAUUAAAACUUUAAUAAACUGACA